AUGGACUACAUUGGCUACGUUCUAGCUUAUUUGUUCGGUGAUGAAAACAUAUCCACAGAUGAGAAGAUUGUGAGUUUCAUGACUGAGCACGAGGCUGUACCAGUAAAGUCGCUGCCUGAGCACCCAAAAUUAAAGGCGAUUAAUGCGUAUCCCUGGGAAAUCGCAAAUGCAGUUAAAUUAAUAGUUCCACAAUUGCAUAUCUUUGAAAUGAAAGGCGUUGGUGAAUUGAUAAAAAGAAUUCCCAGUGUUCUACCCAAGUCCGCGUACCCA